AUGCCAAAUCCUCUACGUGCUAUCCUUUCCAUCCUUACCAAAUCUUUCAGAACAUGCUUUGGUCCAAUUCACCCGAUCACAAUCUUCAUUGCGCUUCUUUUGAUUGCGGGAUUCGUGACUACUGUCACGAUGACAAUUAUGUACAUCCUGAAUCCUGACAAAGAGCCUCUACCCUGGAGAACGUACUGUCAACAACAAAUGCCCUUCCCACAUCAAUUUGCCGAUGCUUUGGCUCCAGUCAAUGUUGUCGUCGGAGUAAUGACGAUCGACAGCAAAUAUGAAAGGCGGAACACCAUUCGAAGCACGUAUGCGAGACAUACGCUUCCCGUCAGCAAAGACGGCAAGCCAUUGGCAAAUGUACAGGUAAAGUUCAUCUUAGGAAGGGUGAGGAAAGCUCAUGCAAAACGUGUAGCCUUGGAAAUGGAAGCAUACAAUGACAUUGUUGUGUUGGAUAUGGAUGAAACGCAAAGUGCACGGAAAACACUUUCGUUCUUCCAAUGGGCUGCAGAGAAUGCAACUGUACCUUUCCUUCGACCUUUAGGACCUGCAAAGGACUUCAAGGGUGAUGUAGCCGAUACAUUCAUCCCAAACACAAAUGCGCCAGGCGGUCUUUCCAACUGGGCCUACGAUUCAUCACAUGAUCUACACACACCUUCAAGUAUAGGGGAUAGCGAUGGCGAAAAGAUGCGCUAUCAAGUUGCAUGGAGAAAUGUGGAUUACGUUGUGAAAGCAGAUGAUGAUACUUUCAUCGUAUUGAGCGAAUUGGAGCGCCAUCUCCGUGUUUCACCAAGAAGGAUGACAUAUUGGGGCUAUUUGGUGAAGAAUUGGUUCAUGGGAGGUGAAGCGUAUGCAUUAUCCCACGAUCUAGUACAAUGGCUUGCCAAUUCACCCGAAGCAAGCAAGACGGCAAAAGGGAAAGAGGAUACCCGCACACCUCAAUGGCUUGCCUUGCAUCCCAAUCGUUCAUCGAUCAAUUGGGUAUCUGAGCAUUGUUGGAUUUACGAUCAUCCAAAAGGCAAUUCGCCUUAUUCGCAUGGGUUCUUAUUCCCCGAUCACGUAGAACAGAUUAAAUUGGAAGCGAGACAUGGAUUAAGUGAACAGGAAAUCGCAUAUAGAGGAGGAGAACGUAGAGCACAAUCGUAUUCAACUGUGAGCAAAUGGCACCAAAAGUACUCACCUCCAAGAAAUGAUCUUACGGUUGAAGAAGAAUUGGAAGCAAUGAUAGAAGGUGGCGGUAGAUGGGAAGGAGCGUGGGUUCGUAAUCCCGAUGGAAGUUCAAGUCAAAGCUGGACACACCGUGAUGAUAUUGUCUUUACAAAUGAUGACUUGCGUUUGCGGCCUUCUUCGACCAAUGAACGGGGAAACGCCGUUCUAGCGUCUGAUGUUGGAUUGGAGUUGAACUCUGGUCUGCCAAUCUAUGGGCCCGUUUCCGUCACCAACACAACAAUGGAAAUACCCGUCGAAAAACAAAAAGCAGAGACGAAGCUUGGCAAACGUAACUUUUUGGAUGAAAUAUCUUCUUGGCCUCGUAAAUUGAUCGGGUUGCAUUCUUCGACCGAUGCAAAAGAAAAGGAUGAUGAGAACCCGUUCAUGCAGAGUAAUGCACGCUUUUUGCCAAGACCGACACCUAAAGAUGAAUAUGGCGAUUGGGCAUCAUUGCAUGCACGAAGAUAUCUGAACAAGCCACAUGGAGGAACGGUGAUUGUGCAUUAUCUGAAAAAGACUGAAUAUUGGCAUGAAACUGCUUUAAUUCUACUAGGAAAAGCAAAAUUAUGGGACAAUGGCGCAGGUGGAUUAGGAAAGCAAUGGAGAAUGGGUGGAAGUCCAUUGGUACGCUCGAAUGGAUAUAUAACCGAAGGCAGAAGUGCACCAAAACGUGCGUUCAUGCCAAUCACACCGGAAGCAGCAGCAGUAGCAGAUGCAACAGUCGCUUGA